AUGACUGCAUUUGAUUUGAGGAACCAGAGCAUGCAGUGUACAGAGCCUGAGACAGACUAUAUCACCCCUCAGAUGAAAUCAAGGGAUCAGAUGUUUGUCUUUAUUGAUGGUAGAUGGGUGAAUGAGAUCUACUGCCAGCCACCCUGUCCUUCCCACCGGAAACUCUUAAGCAAGAAGGUACAGAAUGAGUGGAGCAUCUGGGAGGAGAACAGAGCACUCUGGCAGGAAAACCAAGUCCUCCGCAUAAAAACCAAGAUGCUCUGGGAAGAAAACAAAGCUCUACAAUGUCUCCAGUCGCAGAACAAAGCUGUCCAGGUUAUUUACACUGAUGCUAUUCAGCAAAGCCUCCAGAACAAAAACAAGCCAUUUCCAUGCUUCCAAGAGAGGAACACAGGCUUUUGGUUCAGCCCAGGCAAUAAAGCUCUCCAAGCAGUCCAGGAAAAGAAUAAAGUCUUUGAAGAUUUCCAGCAGAAGAAUAAAGCCAUCCCUGUUACCUGGAAAGACCGAAAAGCCAUCACAGUCCAUAAAGAGAGCAACGAUGCCCCCUCAGAUCUUCAGAAGGACACUGAUACCAUCACAGCUGUGGAAAAAGGUGGCACUGGUCCAGUCUCCCAGCAGAAACAUGAAGGUAAAAAGAAGAGCACUACUCCAACCCAGAGUAAGACCAAGUCUACCACAACUACACCGGCUGAGCAUGAAAUCGUCCGGGUUAUCCAAGACCUAUGCGAGCUCCUCCACAACUUCCUGAAAAUUAACCAUCUCCCUGGGGAGAAACAAGGCUGUCACAAUCCCUAUAACAUGGAUGGAUCCUUCCAGGAAGAUUACAAUAAAUUGAAGUUGCAGCUAAAUGCUGUGAAAAGCACUGUGUCAGACAUUAGGGCUCAAAUGGAAAUGCUGGAAAAGGAGAUCAUUGCCAUCACUUCCCCAAUGUAUGAAGAAGCAGGACAGAAGCUGUCAACUAAGUAUCAGCCUGGGGACACAUGA